AUGGCUCUGAACAGCGAAGUGAUGUUCCGAGAGCAAAUCAAUGCAAUGGUAACUUUUUUUUAGUAUCCCGUUCAACCGCUGCUUUUUCAGCGUUCGCAGGCCGGCCGAAAGCGCGCCACUUCGCUUCAAAGCUUCUGCUCGGGAAACAACGACGAUUCGUCGACGGAGAGCAUCGAUGACCUGUAAGUCGAGUGCCAAAAGCGACUUACAAAAUACAAAACGUUUUCAGGGAGUUGAUGGUAGAUUACCCGCAACAGAAAGGAGUCAGUCGUAUGAGAACUCGGUUCAACAGCGACACGACGCUCAGCAAGAGCUUUCGGAAGAAAGUAAAGAAGCUCGCGCAGAAAGAUAGGUCGGUCGGGAACAGAUGUUAAGAAAUUAUUUAAUUCGAUUGCAGACGGUCCAAGCAGCGAGUUAACGACGAUUAUUCCGGAGAAGACGAGAUCGAAGUUGCCCGUGGAGCUCCGACUACCUACGCGGCUCCGUCGAAAUUGCGUAAAUCGAAGGCUCUCGACUGUCUGGUGUCCGAAAAACAGAAAAACGACGGUGGAGAAGUCGGAGGAGUUGCGGAGAUUGAUGUGGCCAAAGGACACUUCUAUAAUGUGCGCAUGAAAGUGUUCGCCGCGAGAACCGCAAUGCAAAUGGAGCCGGCUCUCGUGUUGAAGGCGAAGAAGGCGUUAGAAACGAAAAAUGCCGUUUUGGUAUUGUAGCGUCCUUUUCUUUAAUUGAAAUAAUUUUUCAGGGAUCUCAUCAGUCUCCCGGUGCUUUUUCUCUUCAUGCUGCUUACAAAAUCGCGUCAACUCCUGACUCUCGUAUCGGGUCAGUCACUCAGAGCAGCAAAAAGAUUACGAAAGAAGCGAUGGCCAAUCUGAUUCGCACCAGUUACGACGACACCGAAAUCACGCAGGAACUGUUGUUCUCUUCGAAAUUUGACACGAAAUGGAAGGGACGCUACACUGACAUCUACAUCCGCCGCGAUGAAAACGGCAGAAAACCGAAGCGUCCAGUAAAUGGACAGGGCUGGGUGAUGCCGUUGAAAAGCAUCUGUGACAAGUUCGGCAUCAACCCCACGUUCUUCACUGAUCAUCGGGUGGAUCUUCAGUCGGCCAGAGAUCAAGUCCUUUUGAUGCGUCUUUUGUCAAAAGAUCAGACUAGCACGUGGAUCUCGGAGAUUCAUCCGGAUGCUGUCAAGAAUGAGACAAUGGGCGAAUACUUGCUGCACGACCUGGAUGCGUCAACUAUGCAGAAACGAGUGCAAGCGUUCAAAGCGAACGUUCUGGCUGACAGAGAUCGUGUGCGAGUUGCUGGGCAGUGUAUGUGUAGCUCUUUUUAAAUUUGUAAUGUGCUGUUUCAGUCUACAAUAAUAUCCGUAUCGGUAAGCGGAUGUUCGGAACAGCAAGAAAAGCCAAGUACAUGUCGACGAUUAUCGGAGGGAUGGAGCGUCGCUUUGAAAUCUUGGAAAACUCUGUCAAUCACAUUCCAUUCACUCACAGAGCUUCCGAUUCCAAUCAGGACAAGUGCCGUAAUUCGCGUGUUCACUGCAAAGACUCCACCCGAAUCACCUUGGAAUAUCCUCGGGAUGAAACGCUCGGCGACUUUAUUCACGCAAAUCGCAUCAGCGGGAAGCCACUCUUCAACGAAUUCAUUCUGACUCAAGCGCCGAUGGCGAACACUGUCAACGACUUUUGGCGGAUGAUCUGGCAGGAGGAGGUGCCUUACAUCGUGAUGCUCAUCAGCCGGAAGGAGCCAGAGAGGUGUGCUCACUAUUGGCCGAGAACUCCUUCCGAUCCGGCUGUCACGGUUUCUGGCGGCAUCCGAGUUGAGAAUUUCGGAGUCUAUCAAGCGGCAGAUCCCCUUUUCCGUGUGACACACCUUCGUCUUAUCGGCCCGAAUCGGGAGGAACGCCACGUCGAACAUUGGCAAGGAGACGUCAACAACUCGUCGAAUAUGUACUCUCCGCUAAACAUUCUCCGUCUGCUUAGAAAUACUUCGAAGCCGGUGGUUGUCCAUGAUCAUUUGGGAGUCUCUCGUGCGGCGUGCCUCGUUGCUGCCGAAAUUGCCAUUUGCAGUUUGCUCCGGGGACCCACUUACAAGGUAUUUGUUGACUGCUUUUCACACACCUUUUUUUGCUUUUUCAGUACCCCGUGCAGCGUGCAGUUCAAUUCCUCCGUCAACGUCGUGCGUUCAGCAUCGAAACUCCGAUGCAGUACGUGUUUGUCCAUCGCCUCGUCGCCUUUUUCUUCCGCGACGUCAUCGGCAGCGCCAAAGAGCUCGACAUUGACUACGAACGGUGGCUGCAGGAACGCUCGGAACGCAUGUUCCUCGACGACAUCAACGGCCCGAUCCCCGGAUAUCGCUUGCUGUCACCAAAGGCCGACCCGGACCUAGUUCGUAUGGUCGGAAGACCGGAAAGACCCAAUUACAGACGGUAGGAAUGUUUAACUUUUGUCAACCAUCAUCAUUCGCUUUUAGUGAGGCCCCGGACUGCGUCGGAGAGAUGCCGAACAAGGUGAACAACGUCGACGGAAUUCUUUCGCCGGCGAAGAGCGUCUUCGAAUUCUAG